UCGCCUAGACAACUUCCGGGCUUGGCGGAACCGGAAGAGGUGGGAAGCGUUUCUGAACAGGCCGAGGAGAAAGGAGGUUGUGAUUGUUUGUCAGGAGACCAUCACCAUGAGCCGCUUGCAGGAGGAGGAUGACCCCUACCUGAUCGAGGAGCCCAGUGAUGAGGAGCCGGCACAGAGCAGCUCUGAAGAUGAAGUGGAUGUGCUCUUGCAUGGCACUCCUGAACAAAAGCGAAAACUGAUUAGGGAAUGUCUGACUGGUGAAAGUGAAUCUUCUAGCGAUGAUGAAUUCCAAAAGGAAAUGGAAGCUGAACUAGACUGUACCAUGAAAAAUAUGGAGGGCAAGUGGAAGUCACAACUUUCAAAACAAGAUGAGCCUCUAUCCAACAUCCAGUACAUUGACUCCAGUUCCAAGGGUGUCCAUCUUCCUUCUGGGCCAUUGGAUUGUGACCACCCAUCCUCACGGUCCAGAGACCUCACAACUGAACUUUCUCAGCCUGUGGCCCCUCGGGCUACCCCUCGAUACCACCACCAAGGUCAGCAAUUUCCUCAACAUGCGCCCUUUCUUCCAACUUCAUGUAACACCUACCACGACCCUUAUUAUUCAGCUCAUUUUCAACAUGAGGAUUGUGACAGCUGGGAUUACUCCUAUUCUCAUUUUCGUUCUCCACCCCAACGUCGUUUUGUCCGCUCUCGAUCCCGUCACAGAGACCGCUCUCCUUCCCGUUUGCCACCUCCACAAUACUGGGACCAACCUUGCCAUUCACGUCACCGUCGCUAUCAUCCAGACUACUGCAGUUAUCGUAGGCCGCCUCCUUCUCCCACUGUUUCACAGCCUCCUUGGGGUUAUGACUUGCAGCCUGCUUCCUCAUCGAAUGUCAGAUUGGUGCCUCGGGUCACUGCCCCAGAAUCUACCAUGAUGGACCCUGUACCAGCCCUGGUGGAAGAACCCAUACCUUUUCCAACACCCACUUUGACACCAACCGUCAUACCUGCAGCUACUACCGAACCUCCACCUGAUCUACAUCUCGAGACAGUUGUUGACUUUGAGCCCUUUGCUUCCUCUGACUCAGAGUCUGAUGUCUCUUUCUCUUUGGAUGCUUUCUCGAGCUCAUCCCCUUCUGAGCUGGUGGGUGGCAAUAGACCGGACUCCCCUCCAGACUACCUCUAUACUGAACAAGUUACCCGAAUGGCCACAUCUCUCGGAAUCGAAGUCGAACAACAACAUCCCUGGGUUAAGGACCCAGUCUUCGAUAUGAUGAACACUGCAGUUGCACUUCCCAUGCCCCCCAGACUCAUUGAAACUGUGAAAAGCUUCUGGGAUAAACCAUCAUCCCGCUCUCCUACAUCUCAUUACCUCGAGACCAUGUACCGUGUCCAAGAACAGGACUGCUCUUUCCUCUUCCGCCAUCCGGUCACCAAUUCUGUAGUUGUCAAAGCGGCACAAUCCAGCAACAGACAGAAAGCACUCGCCACCCCCACUGAUCAUGAAGGUCACAAGCUUGAUAUUAUGGGACGUAAAUUCUAUUCCACAGCUGCCCUUCAACUCCGCAUCGCUGACUACCAGGCCUGUAUGUCACGCUAUCAGUACUUCCUGUGGGAAAAACUGACACCAUUCUUUGAAUAUCUGCCUGAAGACAAGCGGAAGCUUGCCACAGGUUUUCAGAAUGAAGCUUUCGACCUGGCUAGACAACAGAUCUGCAGCACCCUCCACCUAGGUGACUGUGCAUCCAGAGUCAUGGCCAGUGCUAUUUCACUCCGCCGCCAUGCUUGGCUUCGUUCAUCGGGUUUAGACCCUGAAACAUGCUCCCGUAUAGAAGAUCUGCCCUUCAAUGGAGAUGUACUUUUUGGAUCCCGCACUAAUGAUAUUGUGAAGCGUGCCCAAAAGCGAAGGUCAACUGUCCGUUCUAGGGGCCUAGCCCAACACCAAUCACGGUCCCGCCGUCGUAAGACUUAGUCUUGAUGCUCUUUCUUCUUGCCUACUGAUAGUUCUUUUUGUCCUCUUUUAUGCCUGCCUCCUAAAAGCAUUUUUCCUUUGCCUAUGUCAAAGCCCAUUACUUCCAGACCCAAGCCCCCCAUGCACACCAAACUAACAUGAGCACACACCCUCCCUUUGGCUCUAGACACCUCCAUUUCUUCCCAACUUGGCACCAUGUUACAUCUGGGUACUUACCAUCAUCUGCCUCAGAUUCCAGUGUGGAUUGAUUUAAAUCAAAACAAUUUAAACUUUACGUAUUUCUUAAUCAGAAAAUUGCAUCACUAAAACAUGUUAAUUUCACACUCAAUAAAGCAUUUGAAAGGUG